GUUCCGGCGACUGUCGCUGAUUUCACAGAGCUGCUGAACGCAAGAGAAGACGCAGCAGAAGAGAGAGUGAGAGAAAGAGAGGGUGACGUUUCUGACACUAAUGCUGGAAGUUUAUUAUAUGAGUGUGUGUGGUUAGGAUGGACUUUAGGAUGGACGGUCUUUAACCAUUCGACCGGACAUAAACGGAGGACGGUGGUGUGAGAUGAUGGCGUCAUGUGGAGUAAACCUGAGGAUCCUGAGGGAGCACCUGACCGCUGCAGCCUCUCCAAAACAACGACACCAGAACGGACAGAUUUAACAGCCAGAAGUUAAUAUAUACACAUUCAUAUACACGCACUUAUUUCUCCACAUUCUUGAGUAUUGGUUUUGCAGCAGUAUGGCAGGUGUGGACUUCAUGUCCCGCAUGCGGUCGGUGCUGCGGCGGGAGCGGUGGGACCGGGACUGGAGCGCGUCGGCCCCGCUAGACGAAGAGCUGGCGGAGGAGGACAGCCCCCGCUUCAGCAGGCUGAAGGUGGUGGUCUCCGGAGAGAUGGACGACUACACGGCGGCGUCCUCCAAUGGCACGGCUGUAAACACUUUCAUCACCAACGCCGACGAUGACGAUGAGUCUCUGCUUGGCUUGUCGUCCAGCCCGGGCAGCCCAGGGGUCGCCGUGGAAACGUGUGAGAACUGCACAAAGAGGAAAGAGCGGCACAAGCGGAGCCGGGUGAUGAGGAAGUUGGCACUCGCCGCCGUGCUUUACUUCCUGUUCAUGAUAGGAGAACUCGUAGGUGGUUAUAUAGCCAACAGUUUGGCCAUAAUGACGGACGCUCUGCACAUGCUGACUGAUCUGGUCGGUAUCGUUGUGUCCCUGCUGGCUCUCUGGCUCUCUGCCAAACCCCCUACCAACAGAUUCACCUUUGGUCUCCAGCGCCUGGAGGUGAUGUCUGCAGGUAUCAGUGUUUUGUUGAUCUAUAUUCUGACUGGAGUUCUGCUGAAUGAGGCGGUGCAGAGAACACUCCACCAGGACUUCACCAUCGAUGGGGAUGUGAUGCUGAUCACUGCUGCGGUGGGCGUGGCUGUUAAUCUGAUAAUGGGCUUCCUCCUGAACCAGUCGGGUCACCUGCACUCUCACGCACACUCUCACGGCCACACACACUCCCAGCCGUCAGCACAGGGUCAGCAGGGCGAUGGCAGCUUGGCGGUGCGGGCAGCGUUUAUCCACGCUCUGGGGGACCUGGUGCAGAGCAUCGGCGUUCUAAUUGCAGCUUACAUCGUCAGAUUUAAGCCGGAGUAUAAACUGGCUGACCCUGUGUGCACAUACGUGUUCUCCGUGCUGGUGCUGGUCACCACGUUCCGCAUCAUUAGAGACACCGGCCUCAUACUGCUGGAGGGUGUUCCUCGGCACCUGGAUGUGAGUGUGAUGAAGGCUGAUUUGUUGAAGUUGGAGAAUGUGGAAGCAGUAGAGGAGUUGAAGUUGUGGGCACUGACAGCUGAUAAAACUGCAGCGAUCGCUCACCUGCAACUCACGCCGGGCAGCGUGGGGAUGUGGGAGGAGGUGCAGACGAAAGUUCGUCAUGUCUUGAUGAUGUCAUACGGUGUGUCUCACUGCACGGUGCAGCUGCAGAGCCGCAGGCAGGGGGCGCCACACUCCUGCUCCAACUGCCUACUGAGUGCCUGAAUUCACACACACGCUUACACACACACACUCGCGCACCAAGCAUCAACUUCACGCUGCUACUGUGAAAGUAGAUGUGUUGCUAUGCAACCGCAGAGCCCAAGCCAAAGGCAGCGGAGUGACCGUUCUGCCAAAAUGGAAUUUUAACCAAUGCCCAACGUCCAGCUGUUUCUAAACUUCAGGAUGAACUUCGCUCACUUUUGAUAAAGAAAUCUUCCAUACGGUUCUGUAAAGAGUAGAAUGCUCAAUUUUUUGUUUGGACCACAUUGUGUGGUUUAAUUUUAUUUUUGCUAAUCUUCUGUGAUGAUAUGUUGAGUCUGUCCAGCUCAUCCUUCACAAGCACAAAGGAGUUUAAUAAAUCAGCUGUGAUCUGAUGGAGAUAUUAAACCACCAAGCAGGCUCAAAAAAGCCAAACUGGACCCAGCUGAAGCUCCACAGUUUAUCUCCUGGUCCACUCCUUUCCAGCCUGGUCUCAGAGAGCCUGGAUUUGGUUUACACUUAGUGUUAUACUGACUCUUAGAUGAGGUUUCUCAUUUCCUGGCAGACUUCUCAAUUUGGCUGGAUAGUUUAAGCUCAAAGUGAUGGCUGUUGCUAACUGUAAAAUCCUGCUUUAUGAAAUGCUGCUUGAGGUCCAUAUAAGUGCUCACUUUACUGUUUUCCCUGCUUUAACACACCCGAUUCAGAUAAAUAAUGACCCUCAUAGGUUAAAUCAGGUGUGCUGAGUCAGGAAAAACUAUACUGCAAGAUAUUUCACAAAACUGGUUUCCCAGUUAGCCAGAUAACCCUUUAAACAAACCCUUUGUAAGGGUCUGUAUUGGAUCCACUUCAGUUCAUUACUAUAGAACUUGCACAUUAGUUUCAUAGUAGAUGCUCAAUAAUUUACAGUAGAUGUUCAAUAUUGGGAAUAAUAAAAAGCUUGUAUUCUGUAAGAGGAUAAGUUGAAAGUCAAGCCUGUCUAAAGAACAAUUCCAAUAAGACAGUCCUCGUUUUGGGCUUAAGUGGUCCAGCUAAACUGAGAAAUCUCACUUUGUGAACCACCCCUCAGGGGAAGCAUUGCACUAAACUAAAGAUAAUCUGGCUCUACAUUAACCUAGUCUUGCUCUAGGAUAAGCCAGUCUAGCUGUAGCCUACCAAAGCUAGUCUGGCUAAAGAAGCUAGUCUGGCUCUUGGCCAAAAAAGUAGCCUGGCUCAGGGUUAUUCUGGCUAUAGGCUAUGCCAGCCUGGCUCUAGUAUAAACUAGUCUUGCUCUAGGCUAAGCUAUAGUUUGCCAAAGCUGGUCUGGCUCUAGCUUAGCCUAGCCUGACUCUGGUUUAAGCUGGUCUGGCUCUAGGAGAAGUAAGACUUGCUCCUGGCCAAUGAAGCUAUUCUGGUUCUAGGCUGAGAAAUGUAGCCUGAGUCCAGGUAGUCUAAUAAAGCUAGACUAGGCCAAUUAAGCUAGUCUGGCUCUAGUCUAGGCUAAUGAAGCUAGUCUGGCCCUAGUCUAAUUUUGUCUAGGCUAAUGAAGCUAGACUAGCACUUGUGUAAGAUAGUCUGGUUCUAGUCUAGGCUAAUGAAGUUAAUCUAGCUCUAGUCUAAAUGAGUCUGGCUCUAGUCUAAGAUAGUUUAGGCUAAUGAACCUACUAGGCUGGCACUAGUCUAAGCUAGUCUGGUUCUAGUCUAAGCCAGUCUUGGAUAAUGAAGCUAGUCUAGCUCUAGUCUAAAUUAGAUUGGCUCUAGGCUAAGUUGGUCUGGUGCUAGGCUAACAGCAUGUGGUCAUCAGUCUCCAAGCCAUCACAACCUCAACCUGCUUUCUGUUUGAACUGACACAUUGCAAAUGCUGACCGAAUUGUUAAAACAUGCAACUGACAAUCGGACUGCUGUAAAAAUCCUGCCUUCCACUGCGUUUCUCACCGUGCCACAUAAACCUCAGCACAGCGGGAAACACCGAGAACCACAAUGCAAAAGAAGUUUGGAGGGAGGGUGCACGUGCCUUUUCCGGAAAACUGCUGUGUGAGAAAACUUGUGGUACCAACAGAUUGUCACGUAUGCCAGACUCGACUUCAAUCAAUGCCUUUUUAAUCACUUAUUUUAUUUAAUGUUUACUUUUCAGAAAAAAAGUUUAGUUGCAGAUUUGAUAUUUGUUUGCAUAUCACACAUAACUCAACUGUAUUUUUUUGUAUUUUGUUAUUUUAACUUUUCUUUAAUUUUUGUAAUUAAGUAAUUAAGUUCUGAUAUUUUGCACAUUCUCAUAACUUGAACAGUAAUUAAUUACUCAUUUUUGCAGUGUUUUUGUUGAGGAGCGUUUGGAGUGGGGUUGAAAUGAUCUCCACUCUGAUGAGUUAAGCUCCUGAUAACUUGAAAUAAACCUGUUUUAAAGGCCC